ACUGGAGAGGGGGUGUGUUUGUGUAUCUUUAUGAAAGUAGGCGGGAGUUUGUUUAGCCGUCGUUAGUUGCACUAUUUCGCAGGUGACAGACCACAGCGGCGGUGUCGUAACACGGCGUAACUUGUCUUUUCCUUCAAUAAGCAGCCAUUCGCGGAGCACUUCCACACUUUGGAGUCGCGUUAUGUUCAGCUCUGCGUGUCAGCCGGACCCAGCGACCGCAUUAUCUAUAAGAGUGUGAUUCCCUGUUGUUGAUGUUGCAAUAUGCGAGAUAUGUAGUUAUAAACGGCCAAGUGUCACCUGUGACGAAUACACGUGUUGACAGGAGCAGGAGCCAUGGCUUUUGAGGAGAUCAAGAAUAAAGGUGGCGUAGAUGCAGGGAUGGAAGGAGACAGAGGGCUUGUAGCUGGUCGCAGCCAGAGAGAGAAGAGGAGGUCGUACAAGGAUCUCUUGAGGGAGGAAGAGGAGAUUGCCGCUCAGGUCCGAAAAUCUUCUAAAAAGCGACCCAAGGAUUCAGAACUGUUUGCGCUCGGAGGGGACUCACACAAAAAGAAGAAGAAGCAUAGUGAUGACUACUAUUACAGAGACCACGACGGUUCGGGUCCGCCGUCCCACAAGAAAAAGCACAAGUCUGCCGACCGCUCCCCGACUCCCUCGUCCCACUCUUCCUCCCACCCGACAGACACGGCAAUGGGCCUCCUGCAGGCCAUCACCUCCCCUCUGGCUACAGGUUCGGACCCCAGCCCGCACUUACACAAGAAACCCUCCUACCCACCCUUCUCCUCGCACUCCUCCAAGGACCGCAAGCGCGAGGGCAUCAGCGGUGGCGGCGGAAGCAAAGGGAGCCACUCUUUCGCUCACUCCCGGCCCGCCUCCUCCUCAUCGUCGUCCACCAAGAAGCACUCCUCCUCGUCCUCCUCCAAGUCGUCGCUGUUCCACGGCGGAGCGCCCAAGGAGGAACCGCUGACGCUGCGCGAGGCCGACGGUCUGAAGAUGAAGCUCAUCAUGUCGCCGGAGAAAGAGGAAGGCGAGAGCUUCCCGUUGACGCCCCACUCGUCCAAAGGAGGCGGAAAGAAGGAGAAGGACAGAGACCGGACGCAGCACUCGAAGGCGCCCAAGAAAAAAGUGCAGCAGCAGAGUCGAGACCCGCUGCCUGUCGUGGGGAAAGAGGUGGAGGUGGAAGGUCAUUAUGGAGGGGGCAUGGGAAACGACAGCUCGUCAUCUGGGGCUGAGCUGGAGGCGGGUGAACUGGUUAUCGACGAUUCGUACACACACAUGUCGAAGAAGAAGAAGAAGAGCAAAAAAAGCAAGAAGAAGAAGGACAAAGAGAAGGACCGAGACAAGGAAAAAAGUGGGAAGGACAAAAAGCACAGUAAAGGAUUCGGAGAGUCAUCGAGGGGCCACGGCCACUCCCACCCCACGGUCACACACAGCGCCGUCGGCCCAAUGUACGCCAUGGGCACGCCGGUCCCCCCGCACCACCACCAAGGCAACGAUGGAGUGACGGAGAAGAAGAAGAAGAAGGAGGAGAAGGAUCGGGAAAAGCACGAGAAGGAAAAGGAGAAGCCCAAGAAGAAGAACACAACAGCGUAUCAGGUGUUUUGUAAGGAGUACCGGGUCAACAUAAACGCAGAGCAGCCAGGACUAGUUUUUGGCGAACUGAGCAAAAGGUUGGCGGAGGUGUGGAAGGCGAUGCCGGAGAAAGACAAAUUGGUGUGGAGGCAGAAGGCUCAGUACCUGCAGCACAAGCAGAACAAAGCCGAGGCCACCACCGUCAAACACAAGAGCGUCACCGAGGGCAAAGGAAAAGCUGUCGGAGCGGCAACGGGGAUGGUGUCACCGAACCGAGCAGCUGGAGCUAUAUCACUAUCCCCGGCACGCGUCCCAGAUGUUGACCCCAUCGAUGCAGCCGCUCACCUGCAGCUCCUGGGGGAGUCCCUGUCCCUGAUUGGCCACCGGCUGCAGGAAACAGAGGGGAUGGUGGCGGUGUCCGGGAGUCUGUCCGUCCUGCUGGACUCCAUCCUGUGUGCGCUGGGCCCGCUGACCUGCCUCACCGCGCAGAUACCUCAGUUAAACGGAUGUCCGCGAAUUUCCCUGUCGAAUACGUUGGACAACAUCGCCUACAUCAUGCCCGGGCUGUGAGGCCGGUGACCACACGGGAGGCGCUUGGCAUCAGGAAGCGGCCCCGAACCGGAGGGACCGCUCGGACUUUUGGACUUUAAUUUAAGCCACUCGCUCGGCAUCGGGGACACGUGGAUAUUUUCUAGCGUCAACGUUUUUAAAAGUGUAUUUUUAAAAACAACAACCAUGUUCUCUUAAUUUUUUUUCUAAUUGUUAUAUUUUUAAAAUGAAACAUUUUACUGAACACCUUUGAUCUUCCGUGGCAUGUCAGCUUAGUUUUAUUGUUACUCUACUGUAAGUGUGUGUGUGUAUGUGUAUGUGUGUGUGUGUGUGUAUGUUUAGCUGUCGAGUGUUCCAUCUCCUAUGUUUGAUUUUGUUUUUGAACCGUGGACAUGUAAGUCAUUUAUAAUAUAUAUUGACAGCGGCUCUGUUUUUGUUCUUUUUACCUCGCUGUAACCGGAGCUGUCAUGCCUUGCUGUUUUUAUACAUUUUAUAUUUGAAUGUGCGCUCGGCGUUUAGAUUUUGACUCUUGUCGAAAAAAUUAUGAGAAAAAAACCAACCACCGACUUUUCAGGUACAGCUGUGUUUUAAUCGGGAGCUGUCAAAACAAAUCACUGUCAGACAAAAUGUCAACAUUAAAAACAGUUUCCAAAUUCA